AUGUCUGAAGAAAAGCGCGACGUCCGGAAUCCCAUGCUCUUCGAGGCGGCAUGGGAGGUCGCAAACAAGGUCGGCGGUAUCUACACUGUCAUCAAGACGAAGGUCCCCGUGACCGUGCAAGAGUACGGCGACCGGUACACGCUCAUCGGCCCGCUCUCGUACAAGACCGCGCCGAUGGAGGUCGAGCCCGAGGAGCCGAAAGACCCGCACGUCGUGGCCGCACUAGAGUCCAUGCGCAACAAGGGCGUCAAGUUCCUCUACGGCCGCUGGCUUAUUGAGGGCAACCCGCACGUUCUGCUCUUCGACACGGGCUCGCAGUUCCACCGGCUCGACGAGUGGAAGGGCGACCUCUGGAAUCUGGCUGGAAUCCCUACGCCUCCGAACGACGGAGAAACUAACGAAACCAUAAUCUUUGGUUAUCUCGUCGCAUGGUUCCUCGGCGAGUACGUUUCGCGCCAGCUUCAUACGGCCGUCAUCGCACACUUCCACGAAUGGCAAGCGGGUGUAGCCAUUCCCCUCUGCCGCAAGAGGCACAUCGAUGUCACCACCGUCUUUACGACACACGCUACGCUUCUAGGCCGCUACCUGUGCGCCGGCUCUGUAGACUUCUACAACAACAUGCAGUACUUCGACGUGGACCACGAAGCUGGCAAGCGCGGCAUCUAUCACCGCUACUGCAUCGAACGUUCCGCAACACACUGCGCCGACGUCUUCACGACCGUGUCUCACAUCACCGCGUACGAGGCCGAACACUUACUCAAGCGCAAGCCCGACGGCGUUUUGCCGAACGGCUUGAACGUCGUCAAGUUCCAGGCGAUGCAUGAGUUCCAAAACCUGCAUUCGACAGCCAAGGCGAAGAUCAACGAAUUCGUGCGCGGACAUUUCUAUGGCCACCUCGACUUCGACCUCGACAACACGCUCUACAUGUUCACCGCUGGUCGCUACGAGUACCGCAAUAAGGGUAUCGACAUGUUCAUCGAGUCGCUCGCGCGCUUGAACCACCGUCUCCAGGCGGCAGGCUCAAACACCACCGUCGUCGCCUUCCUUAUCCACCCUGCUGCCACGCAGUCCUACACCAUCGACUCGCUCAAGGGUCAAGCCGUGACCAAGCAGCUGAAGGACACGGUCACUGAGAUUCAGAACCGUAUCGGCGCACGUCUCUUCGACUUCGCGUCACGGUCAAACGGCGAGUUCAAGCACCUGCCAGCUCCCGAGGAGCUGAUCUCUGAGGAGGACAGGGUUGCGCUCAAGAGGCGUAUCUUCGCUCUCAAGCGCAACGCGCUGCCGCCCGUCACGACGCACAACAUGGUCGACGACGCUGCCGACCCUAUCCUCAACCAGAUCAGGCGUGUCCGCCUGUUCAACCAGUCGAGCGACCGCGUCAAGAUCGUCUUCCACCCAGACUUCUUGAACUCGAACAACCCGGUGCUUGGGAUGGACUACGAGGAGUUCGUGCGCGGUUGCCAUCUCGGCGUUUUCGCCAGCUAUUACGAGCCGUGGGGCUACACUCCCGCCGAGUGCACUGUGAUGGGUAUCCCGUCCGUCACGACGAACCUGUCCGGGUUCGGAUGCUUCAUGCAAGAUAUGAUCGACAGGCCCGAGGACGAGGGCUGCUAUAUCAUCGACCGCCGGAUGAAGUCCGUCGAAGACAGCGUCACCCAGCUCGCGAGCGUGCUGCACGACUUUUGCAACAAGACGCGCCGCCAGCGCAUCAACCAGCGCAACCGCGUCGAGCGCUUGUCUCCGCUGCUCGACUGGAAGAACCUCGGCAUCGAGUACAGCAAGGCGCGCCAGCUCGGCCUGCGCCGCGCGUACCCCGACGCGUUCUACCCUGGCGCCGAGGCCGAAGAGGAGUAUGAGUUCGCGCAUGGACCUGAGCGCCUCGCGAUUAGCAUGCCCGGCAGCCCUCGCUUCCGUUCCGACGCACUCAAGACGCCCGGCGACAUGGGCACGCUCACCGAGGAGAUGCAAGGCUUGAACACCUCGGACUACCGAGGCUACCAGUGGCCCAACCACACGGAGGACGACGAGGAUAGCUACCCCUUCCCGCUCAUCAUGAAGGUCCGCUCGCGCGCCUCGUCUGUCAUGUCUGGCGCCAGCACACCGGGCGGUGGACCGUUCAAGGCCCUCAGCGAAGGCGACCUGCGCAAGGCCGACGCCGCACUCUCGCAAGUGAACGGCAUCGUCAACGGCAACAAGACGGUCGCGGCGAUGUGA